AUGGCCACCGCCUCCCCAGUGGAUCGCAGCCACCGAAUCCAGAUCCGUAUCGUACCGAGCACGCAUGGAGAAAGCCCGAGAGAAAGGCAUAAAAUAAUAACAAAAAAAGAGAUAGCCGGGGAGAGCGGGGGCGUUCAUGAGCCUUGCAAGCCGUCAAGUCUGCAUGGCGCCAUCGCCGUCCCCAGUCCUGCCCUGCCCAUCACUCAACAGAAGGCCAUGCGCUCGGACAAGAUUGGCUGGGCCCUGACGACAUGGCGUUUCGACCACCAGGCACGGGGCAUGGGUAUACAUAAGUGGGUGUGCAUGGGACAAGGUGGCGCAAACCCGAUGAAAGCGAGAAGUGGGAGCAGGGGGUGUGUCGGUGACAGGUAUAGCGAGGGGGAGCAAUGGAAAAAAUAUAAGGAGAUAAAAUGGAAAAUAAUAAUGGCAUUUGCCGGGUCCCUUGCUGGCAGACAUGAGCCCCUGACUCCUGCUCGCCUAGUAGCUGCCUCACUCUUUCUGCUUGUGGGCCCGGCCGGCGAAGCUUCGAUUCCGCGCGCCGCCGCCGACGACGAACCAGAGAGGGCGGCUGUGACAUGGCCAGACCGCACAGAGCAUGUGGUGCUACCCUACCAACGCACCACCGCCUCAUCCUCUCACAUUCUCUUCCCGAGUGCUUGGAAGACCCAGUUGGUAGGCAAUAGUGGCAAUCAAGGGCGUCGGAAGAAAACCUUGAGUGUGAUAGGACCAAGCAGCAGGAGACAUGGGACCGAGUGCUGUCUGUCUGUCUGCCCACCCCGCGUCCCUCACCUACCUAGCUUUGAGCUAAGUCUCGGGACCAUGUCAAAAUAUCAAGUGGGGGCAAACGACAGGCGAGCUAUCUACGGAAUCAAGCCGCCCUCUCCAUCACCUGUGCAUCCACACACCCACAGGACACACAGAAUCGGCCUCCAUGAGAUCUGCGCCGUCAACAAUCACCACCACCACCACCACCACCACCACCGGGGUCCUCCAACCUUUUUUAGGGGUCGGCCUACCGCGCCAAGCCGCAGCCGAACGACUGAACAGAAGCUGGUGGGGUUUGGCCACAUCCGCAGGUGGGCCAGCAUCGCCCGCAUACAAACAGACGCCGUCGACAAGGUCCGGCCGGGAGGAGGGGCAGUCUAG